CAGCUCCACAUCCGACACUGAGAAUAAAACCAACCUGUUUACCCAGGUUCAGUGGGUAUAAAAGGAAUUUCCAUCGAUGGAGGAGAGACUGGGAGAGUCUACAGAAGCAGGGGGAACCAACAGGCUCAGUCGAAGUAAAGAAAAUCCAACUCAUUGACAGUGUAGAUGAGAGAAUGUGCAGAGACCUCCGUUUGUCUACGUACAAUACUGCUGAGGACAUGUUCCGGGUGCUUGAGAACAGGUAUGGAAACAAGUCUACAAUUGCCUUGGAGAUAAUUGAGGAUCUGGAGAAAAUUCCUGCUUUAAGAGCAAAUCAGCCAAGGAAAGUUAUCGACAUGAUCCAAACUAUAGAGAAGGCACUGGAUGAUCUCACAGAGCUUGGAGGCACAGGAGCCAUCAACAACCCUCUAGUGAUUAGAUCCAUAGAAAGCAAGUUACCUGACAACAUCAAGCGGGAUUGGCUUGUCUUCAUGGUUAACCCGAGGAAUAAUGUCACGCCGGACAAUCACUUUGAAAACCUUCUUAAAUUCCUGAAAACACAGGAGGAAAUUCUUGAAAAAUUAGAGCAGCUGGGAGUGAGUGAAAAGCCAGAAAAUAAAUAUGCUUGUGUGGAGAGAAGAUAUGCGUCCACACGUUCCACAAGGAAAGGCGGCUGUGUUGUCUGUGGAGAUUAAAAGCAUAGAGAAAAGAUCUUCUUUUGCAAGCGUUUCAAAGAACUGAAGCCGGUGGAAAAGUUGGAUGCUGUAGAAAAGCUGGGGGCCUGCAAGAGGUGCUUGGUCUGUCAUGGAGAAGAUGAUGAAUGCAAAGACACUUACCUGUGCAGGAAAAGAGACUGUAAGAAAGACCAUCAUUUCUUUCUUUGUCUGAAGGGAGAUUUCAAGAGAAGUGACUCAGACAGAAGACAAUCCAAUGUGAGAAGGUAUACGCUUACAGAGGAGCAGGAGGAAUUGGUAUCUAAGCUCUCCCCAGAGAUGGCAGAGAAAUUCAAGAAAGCAUUCACCAACGCCACUGCGAAAACAAACUGUGUCAAAAAUAAUCAGCUGGGAGUGACUGAGUCAAGUGCAGUAGAAGAAUUGCCAGUUAUUCUAAUGCUGCUCAAGGUAACUGCCAAUGCAGGACAAAGAAUUGGAACCCUGAUCGACUUGGCAUCGGACACAAACUACAUCACUCACAGAGCUGCCAGAAGAUUAAAUCUUCGAAGUGAAAACAUCACUUUAGUCGUUCAUGGAGUCGGAGGAAUGGCCAUGAAGGUUAGAACCAGAAGAUAUCUCCUCAGAGUGAGGGUCAAAACGCCCAUAGGCACGGAAAGAGCUCAUGAGCUUAUCUGCUAUGGUUUGAAUGAAAUUGCCAACGUCCACAGAGUCAUCAAACCUGAGCAACUCAAGAAGUUCUUCCCAGAAGUCAAUCUAGGAGAUCUGAGUAGACCAGAGAGUAUUGAGCUACUGAUAAGCCACCGCGAAGGAAGACUUGCUCCGCAAAGAGUGAAGGUGAUUGGAGACCUUGUCUUGUGGGAAGGCCCGCUAGGAAAGACUGUUGGUGGAGCACAUCCAGAUCUGUUUGAAGAAGUGGAUAUAGCCGCACACAGGUCUGAAACACACUUUGCUCGAUCCAUGAAAGCAACUGCUGUCAAAUAUCAAGAGAUAGCUAAGCUGUUCACAGCUGAAACCAAAGGAACAGUUGCUCAUAGAGAGUUCUUGGAUUGGUGGAAGUGGGACAGCAUUGGAGCAGCUUGCGACCCAAAGUGUGGAGGAUGCCGGUGCGGCAACUGUCAACCAGGAGGCAAAGAAAUGACUCUGAGUGAGGAAAGAGAGCUGGAGAUCAUAAGGAAAGGCCUCACCUACAUCAAAGCAGAUGCUCACAGUGAUGAACCCCACUGGGACACAAAAUACCCCUGGAUUCAAGAUCCAAGUUCCCUUCCUGACAACAGGAGUGGGGUGGAAGCCACCUUCUUGAGAACAGAAAAGCAACUCAAAAAAGAGCCAGAGUGGAGAAUAGCAUACACAGCUCAAGUCCAUGAAAUGGUCGAGAGAAGAGCAGCGAAGAAACUCACCAAAGAGCUCAUUGCCAGCUGGAAGGGGCCAGUAUGGUAUGUCAGCCACUUGGUGGCAGCAAACCCGCACUCUCUCACAACACCUGUGAGACUGGUAUGGAACAGCAGCCAGAAGUUUAGAGGGGUCAGCAUGAAUGACCUUCUGCUGAAAGGGCCUGAUGUCCUCAAUCCCAUCCGAGCAGUACUACUCAGGUUCAGGAGAGGCGUCAAUGCUGCCCUCGGCGACAUUAAGAAAAUGUACAAUUCUGUGUGGUUGGAAGACCUGGAGAUGCACCUCCACAGAUUUCUCUGGAGAGACACUGAGGAGGAAGAGAUUGAAGAGUAUGCGAUCACCAGAGUCAACAUUGGCGAUCGACCAGCAGGGUGCAUUGCGCAAUUGGCUAUGAGAGAGACAAGCAAACUGCCCAUGUUUGCUCACCUGGAGGAGGAACGUAGGAUCCUUGAAGAGGAUACCUAUGUCGAUGACAUCCUGACUUCCCAUAAUGACUUGCAAAAGCUGGACCAGAACACCAAAAGUGUUGAAGAGAUCCUGAAGGCAGGCGGCUUCGUCCUCAAGCCCUGGGUCCGGUCAGAUCAAAGUGGGAGGCAGGAGAUCGUACCAGGAGAACAAGGAGCGCAGUCAAGCACAGCACUCAUUCUCCCAAACCAAAUGAGGGAAGGAUACAAUAAAGCCCUUGGAGUUGGAUACCUUGUUGAGGAGGAUAGACUGUACCUCAUGACUUCAAUCAAUUUCUCAAAGAGGAAAGGGAAAAUGAGAGUCGGCCAAAAUCUCCUUGAUGAAGAGGUGAGAGGGAAAACUCCAAACCCACUGACGAGAAGAGAACUGCUGAGCCAGGUAGCUAGCCUGUAUGACCCAAUAGGCCUCGUCACACCUGCCAAACAAAAGGGAGCCAUUCUUGUCAGAAAGGCGUUUCAGGAAGCUGGAGGCAAAACUCUGAACCGAGACACUUGGGACAAACCUUUGUCUGAAAAUUUGAGGGAAGAAGCCAUCCAAUUCUUUGAGGAAUACACACGUCUUGGCCAAAUCACCUUUCACAGAAGCCUCACACCAGCCAACUGGAUUGGAAAACCAUGGGGAAUAACAUUCUCUGAUGGAAGUGACAAGAGCUAUGGAGCCGUAGUGUACUUAAGAUGGGAGACCCAGCAAGGCAUCAAAGUCAGACUGGUUGAAUCCAAAGCAAAGCUCACACCAUUGGACCAAAAGGGAGAACCAGUAAAAGCUGAAAUCUGCGGUGCUGUCUAUGCAGCACGACUUCGAAAAGUUGGAGAGAUCCAGAAAUCCACAUCCAUAGAAGACUGGUGGUGGAUCCCAGGAAGCCUGAACAGUGCUGACAUCAUAACAAGAGGGGCAGCCCCAGAAGACCUCCAGGAAGAUUCCAUGUGGCAGGAUGGACCAGCAUUCCUGAGGAAACCUGUGAAAGAGUGGCCACAUAAGUCAGCCAAAGAAAUCGCUGCGUAUGGCAAGGAAGGUAUAAACAAACUUCGAAGGAAAGCUUUCUCAGCAGCACUGACCAGAGCGCAGGUCAAGAGAAACCAGAGUGAUACACAGCAAAAUAAAUCAGAUGAACCUAAGACUCGGAUCCGAAGAUCACCAGCCGGCUCUGCGGUAACAAAACUGAUUGACAUCAGGAAAUUCAGCAAUCUGACCAGGCUGAUCCGAGUCAUUGCCUGGGUUUGGAGAGCCGCAACGAGAUGGAAAGAAAUAUUGACCAAGAAUUCAGCCUCAGAUAAACCAAAGUGGGAGGACGCUCUUUCAACAAACUGGAGGUACAGAGCCAAACAAGCUGUACUCACUGUCGGGGAGUGUGAGGAUGCACUAAGAGACUUGUUCCUUGCAGCUCAAGAAGGUAUAACCUUUCAAGAUACCACUCUCAACAGACUCGCUGUUUACAGAGAUAAAGAGACUGGGCUCUUAGUUUGUGGAGGAAGGUUCCAGAUCUUUGAUGAGGACGAAACUGCCGUACCAAUUCUACCAUAUGAGGCAUGGAUAUCCACUCUCCUAGCUCAAGAGGCCCAUGGUGCAAAUCAUGAAGAAAUAGCAGGCACACUCCUCCGGAUGAGGAAGAAAGCCUGGGUGAUAAAAGGCCGGAAGCUGGCUAAAAAGAGAGUUGACAAUUGUGUGGUGUGCAGAAAGGCCAGGGCCAGAAAGUGCCAACAGAUCAUGAGUGACCUUCCAUCCGAGCGGAUAACACCAGCCAGACCAUUUGAGUACACAACAGUGGACUUAUUUGGACCGUAUGAAGUCAAGGACGAGGUCAAAAAGAAAACCAAGCUCAAGGUGUGGGGUAUUGUCUUCUGUUGCAUGGUAUCCAGAGCUAUACACACAGAUGUUGUCAGUGACCAGUCGACGGAAGGCUUCCUACUGGCUUACCAAAGAUUCACGGCACUGAGAGGGCACCCAAAGAAAUUGUGGUCAGAUCCUGGAAAGAACUUUGUGGGUGCCAGACCUGCCCUCAAAGAACUCUACAUCUUCUUGGAUCAACUAGGUAAAUCUGAGCUUGAAAAUGAAGCUUCCAAGCAUGGGACAGAAUGGAGCUGGAAAAUCCACCCAGCAGACUCCCCUCACAGGAAUGGAGCUGCAGAAGCAGCUGUUCGUACUGUGAAGCGGGCUUUGCACAACCUGGGAGGAGAAGGACUCUUCACAUGGAGUGAGUUUCAAACAUUUCUCUACACGGCUGCUAACCUUGGUGGAGUCAGUUAGCUGGGCCCAAUCUAUUCGUGAGGAGUAAAUGGCACACAACACAUAGGAAUGUGGCUGUUGGAGAUGUUGUCUGGCUGGCUGACCAAAAUGCCUGGAGGGGUCACUACAAACUAGCCAGAGUCAUCGGUGUCAACAUUGACAAGAAGGGCAUCGUCAGAGAUGUGCAGGUCAGAACUUUUCCCAGCUACCCAGUCCCAACUGUGAAGCCUGCUCAAGAGAAGUCAAAGACACUCUCAACUAAAAAACCUGCUACAGUUCUUCAUAGGGAUGUCAGACGCAUCAUUGUUAUACUUCCUGUUGAAGAAGGAAGAGCCUGAUAGCUGAAAUCGAACAUGCCCAACACAGAGGUUCGUGUGACCUCCUUCGGUUCAAGAACCAGGAGGUCAAGUGGGAGGUGUUGCGUCAAAACAGAACACUCAAAACAUGAGCACAAUGGCAGCUCUUCCUUUAAAGACCUCCAGGCCUCAAGAGGGCAGAUAACCCAAAAAACACAGGUGGAACUAAAAAAUUGAGCCAGGAUUUCUGGAGGGACUACUUUUACAUGCGCACCUGUCAGAUAAGCAUGGGUAUAAAAUGUUUGGUCCUCAACAUACACACAGCUCAUUGUUCAACCCUAAAGACGCAACUGGUAUGUAAUGUUUGGAAUUAUUUAUUAUGUUGCAUCCAGUGCUUAGCAAUUUACAUGUUUAACUCUGGUAGGAAUGUUGACUUUUGUUGUGGAUAUUUUCUGACCUCAGAAGUAAUUGCUAGAAGUGCUAGAUUAAAUUGUUUAAACGUUUACUUUAUUCAAAGCCAUGCUUUGUUGCUGUGUCAUGCAUUGUUUAGUGUAAAAUAAUGCAUGUUUAUUCUCUGUUUGUUUAAGGUUAUCAAGCUAUUCCUAGUGCUAGUGCUAUUCCUAGUGCUAGUGCUAUUCCUAUUGCUAUUGCUAUUCCCUAUUCCUCUGUGAUUCAACUACUCUAUUCAACAAAUCAACUAUUUCAACAUAUUCAACAAAUGGCAUCAAAACCAUAAUAAAACACUGGAAAGGAAUUGAGUUGUCCCUUUGCAUCCUUCACGGGUUGAGCAAGCCGUUUUCAAGUUUGGGCAGAGCUGAAAAUAAUUAUAACACCUAGA